UAAACUAUAAAUCGCAAACCGGGUCAAAGGGGGACUUUUCGGCAGGUAUAACAAAUGAUGUUAUGCACAACAAAUGAUAAUAGGAUAAACUCCGUUGGCGCUCACAGUGACCUUGGAUUUAUACACAGCAGAUGACGUAAAGUAUUUCCCGGAGCGGAUUGAGUCUUUGUAAAGUUUCUUUUCAGCUUCACAUUCUUUUCAGACCCACAUUGUGGUCCAAAUCUAAAAGCGCCCGGUAAUAGGGCCUACACAAUCGUACUUUUUUAUUUGUUGGGUGAGAGUAAUCGUUUGUUUUUCGUGUGUGAGGCGAGUGUGGCACAUGCACACCUUAAUAUGUACCAAGGGAUUUUGUUUGCUGAUAUAGCAUCCUAGGUAUAUAAGUGGGUGGUCUUGCGUUCCAGUUUAUUCCUGUCCUUAUUUUGUUGAUGAGCUGAAUAUGGACGUGGACAAGUCACUUCGUGUGCUCGGAAGUUUUGGCCGUCUGCAGGCUCUCAACUACUUCACGUAUGUCCUUGCUGUCAGCGUAGCUGCUUGGCAUAUCACUGGUGUUUCAUUCACCAUUGGGCAGCCAGACAACAACCGAUGUAGAAUACCAGAGAAUGAGACGAGCUUUACGACUCCCCUCGAUGACGGCUGUCACCAGAUUGUCUACUAUGACAAUGACACGGACGGCGACAAUGAGACGAUGGCAUGUACGGAUGGGUGGGAGUAUGACACUGUCCAUGGCGAGACCAGUGUUGUCACAGAUCUGAAUCUGGUUUGCGACCGGGCCAUUCUUGGGAGUACUCUCCAGUCAGUUCAUUUUGGUGGUUGCCUUCUUGGAUCUUACGUCACCGGGCAGAUGUCAGAUAUCUUCGGUCGUCGCCUCACCCUGUUAGGGUCGCUAGUGGGUAUCGUAGUGACUGGUACGGGAUUCAGCUUCGCACAGAGCUACGGACUGAUGAGUUUUCUGAAAUUCCUCCACGGUUGCUUUAUUCCUGGGUUAAUUCUCGUGCCUUACGUCCGCAUCAUCGAAAUGUUCCCUCCCAGCUUUCGUGUCAGGUCACAUUUGGGUUGUGAAAUGCUAUGGUGCCUUGGGCUGGUCCUCGUCGGACCCUUGGCGUACAUCUUGCCAAAUUGGAGGCACCUACAGCUAGUCAUGUCACUUCUGGCUGCCCCUCUCAUCUUACUGGUUUGGUACUCUUAUGAAUCGGUAAGAUGGCUCCUUCAGAAAGGUCGAGUAGACGAAGCUGAGAAGAUCUUCCAGCGGAUCUCCAAGUCCAAGAACAUCUCCCACGUUGGUGGUUACUUUGUCCUUCCUCAGCAGGAACAGGAACAUGAGCUGACAAACGGAUCAUCGAGGCCGGAACUUUCAGACGAAAAGCCACCAUUGGAUAUUAAGGCUUCAGAUUAUAAUCGCCUGGAGAGUGACGUUCCGGCCAUAAAGGAUGCUAAAAAGUACACCCUGUUGGAUCUGUUCCGGACCCGUGCUUUGGCCAUACGAACACUGAUCGUGUUGUAUUGCUGGUUUGCAUGUUCAGCUGUCUACUACGGGUUCUUCCUGAUAUCGGCUAAUCUAGUUGGAAAUAUGUACGUCAACUUCACGUUGAUGUCAUUAACAGAGGCUCCUUGUUACAUCGCUAACUACUUCGUCACAAUCAGGUUUGGCCGUAGACGUCCCCUUAUUACUUACUUUAUCGUCAGUGGAGUGGCGUGUGUGAUUACGGGACUAAUACCUGAUGAGUCAGGUGACGGUACAGAUCUCAGCAUGUUGAAGUUGGGACUAGCAAUGAUUGGGAGGUUUUUUGCAUCCACGGCCUUUGAUCUGACGUACCUGGUGACAAUUGAAAUGUUUCCAACCGUGCUGAGAAAUGCAGCAGCUGGAGCAGCCUCGUUGAUCGGCCGUGUUGGGGGUAUGGUGGCGCCGUUCAUUGUCUUCCUCAAUGUAAUACACAGCUCCAUUCCGUUCAUUGUGUUCGGUGUGGUGUCACUCAUUGCCGGGAUGCUGGUCUUCCCCCUACCGGAGACUAACAACCGAUCCCUGCCAGAAACCUUGGACGAUGGAGAAAAACUAGCCGAGAAAGACGAAGCUGAGGAGGCUCAACCCACAAAUGUAUGAAGGAAAAACAUUUGCAGACAUGUAUAAACCUUAGUACCAGUGUCGAGGGGUUUGCCCCUGUGUUUGUAAUGCCCGUACGCCAAAUUAACCCUAGGACCCCAAUGUGCCUUAAUAGCCGCCAUCUUUGAUGUGACGUGCACGCUUGAAAUGCUAUUAUUGGCUGACUGAGAGAUGUGCGCAAGUGUAACAUUUUACUCUUGUAAUUCAAGAAAUGGGGCACCUGUGGGACGUUGAAUUCACGAAUAUCAGCUCAAUUUGGUUUUCGUGACGCGUCUUCCGAGUUCGAAGCUCCGGUUUUGUUUGUACAAAAACCAAAACCAUUGUGUCCACGUAAUAUUGGAAGGUGUGUAUGUUUGCAUUUAUUCGGCGGGCCAAUUUCAGGGGAUGGUAAUCUUUAACUAACUUUGUAUAGCACACAUUUGUGUAUAUCAAACUUACUUUUAUACACUUUUCGUAAAUUGUUUUUUAUGUAUAGCUAUAACUGCUUCAGUAAUUUAAUAAUUUAGUCAACAAUAUUUACUCAGCUUAAACGACAUUUAUUAUAUUGUUUUUUAAGAAUGUUUUUUUUUUAUCCAGAAACAUAAAUAUUACAUUCGGCAAUUGUUCUCGUACUGCGAUAGAUGAAUUCCCAAAUGCUUGCUUAUGUAUGUUUAGAUGAUCUCCCCAUCAAGGGAAGUCGGCAAACACCCGUAUUGCUAAAAACAGCCGUUCUCUGGCCACAUUGGUAAUUACUCAAAAUAGUUAUUAGCAUAAAACCUUACUUGGUAACAAGUAAUGGGGAGCUGUUGAUG